UAUAGACCUUAAUACACAACCCAGUAAUAUUCCUUAUAGUUCAAUAUUCCCGGAUAAAUAAGUUUUAGUCUAGUGGAGGUUCUGGUAGGGUCAUAAAAGGAAAGUAGACCAAGCCGUCUGCUGGGUAGAGUCCCGUGUGUUGAGAACUUCAGAUGUGAGGAUCAAUAAUGGAACGCAUCUCAGUAAGGCUGUGAAUAUCAAGAGUGCAUAGCAGAGGAGAAAUCUUUGGCAAAUACCACUAAUGUAUUGGCCCUUUGUGGCGUAUUUUAGGGGUUAUGGCUCCCUUAUAGUGUGUACAUUAUAGUGAUAAGUCUAGUGAGAUGGAAGGUAGAGUGGUAUAGCAGGAAACAUGGACCUGCCUAGCAGUGCUGGGCUCCUGAUUCUUUCGUGCGCGUGAAAUGAAACGGGAUUUUCGUAAGUUUCCUCCUUAUUUGAACCUUUUCGACGAUGAGUGGACGACCCAGGACUACAAGCUUUGCUGAAGGAAACAAAGGACCACCUUCAGUUUCCUUCCCGGGCAUGAAAAUAAGCAGAAUCAAACCAGGUAAAGAUGGCAACAAGAUCACAACAGUCAUUGCCACCCCGGGUCAGGGCUCAGAUAGACCGCAGGAGGUAUCGUACAUGGACACAAAAGUCAUUGGCAAUGGCAGUUUCGGUGUGGUGUUCCAAGCCAAGCUGUGUGAGACUGGAGAACUCGUCGCCAUCAAGAAGGUGCUGCAAGAUAAACGCUUUAAGAACCGAGAACUUCAGAUAAUGAGAAGACUAGAACACUGUAAUAUAGUCAAACUGAUGUAUUUCUUCUACUCCAGUGGAGAUAAGAAAGAAGAAGUGUUCUUGAACCUAGUGUUAGAGUUUAUCCCAGAGACAGUAUAUAAAGUAGCAAGGCAUCACAGCAAACAAAAACAGACUAUACCAAUCAGCUAUAUUAAGUUGUACAUGUAUCAGUUGUUCCGGAGCCUUGCCUACAUUCACUCUUUGGGUGUGUGUCAUCGUGACAUCAAACCCCAGAACCUCCUUUUGGACCCCGAGACUGGGGUUCUCAAGCUUUGUGACUUUGGGAGUGCCAAACACUUGGUACGUGGGGAGCCCAAUGUUUCCUACAUCUGUUCGCGUUACUACAGGGCUCCAGAACUCAUAUUUGGGGCCACUGAUUACACCACCAAUAUUGAUGUAUGGAGUGCGGGAUGCGUGCUGGCGGAGCUCCUGUUAGGUCAACCCAUCUUCCCAGGUGACUCGGGUGUCGACCAGUUAGUGGAAAUUAUUAAAGUUCUUGGAACGCCCACCCGGGAGCAGAUCAGGGAGAUGAACCCCAACUAUACCGAGUUCAAAUUCCCACAAAUUAAGUCUCAUCCAUGGCAAAAGGCAUUGAUGGCUCGCAUGGCUGAUUCUCCUAACAAUGAUAAAAAGCAUCAGAAGCUUAGAGUGUUUCGUCAGCGCACGCCCGAGGAUGCUAUUAACCUUGUUGCUCGGCUGUUAGAGUACACGCCCUCGGCUCGCAUCACACCGCUUCAGGCCUGUGCACAUAAGUUCUUCGACGAACUCAGGGACCCCAGCACCAGACUACCCAACAACCGGGAACUGCCGCCCCUCUACAACUUCACCGAACAAGAAAUCAAGAUCCAACCUGAGUUGAACAGUAAAUUGAUUCCUGCACAUUAUCGUGGGGAACCAGCCAACAGCAGCGGCGGCGGCGGCUCAUCCGCUGUAGACUCCUCGGAGGGUGCUGCAGCUGCUGCCGCUAAUGAAAACUGAGCUGGGAGGUGGUCGGCUCAGCCAGCCACCCCUGCAGCCUCCCCGUCUGCUUCCCUGCCCCCUUGUGCCCUGCCGUUGACUGCUCCAAUGUGGAUAAGGCCUGGCCGAAGGGGCUGCGGAGGCCUGUCUUCUUGGGCGGAUAGCUGUACCUCAAGCUGCAGUCUGGCUGUAAAUCAUGCGGCCCUCAUGAUGUGUAAAGUGUAAAUACAUUGAACAAUACUAGUGAACGACUCCCCAGGCUUGAGGCACCCAGCAGCCACACCGUUUGCUUGUUAUUGCAUACACUGUUGUGCCAGUGUGGCUGGGCCCAGGUGUCCUCGACCUUGAGGCAGGAGCUCGGUGCUGACGGCUAGCCCUCGGGUGCCCAGCCCACUGCAUGUGUGGUAGCUACUGCUCACGGGGUCGUGCGAGCACCCAACCCCUCGCCCAGCAGUGGAACCAGCCUCGGAUGCGUUGUAUUUGUCUUGGACUAUCAUAGUUAGGUCCAUCAUGUCUGCACCAAGUUUUGUAGGCCACUGUUGCAUGGGAGUCUGUAUGCUCUGACGAGGUGUAUAGUUUGACCAACAGCAAUGUGCUCCCUCUUGGUAUUCUGCUGCCUCCCACCUCCCCUGCUGUCCCCUUACCUUCUCACCUGCAGCAGCUAGUUCACCCCAAGCCAGUGCUAGUGAUGAGUUGUGAGUUGUUGGUGUGUCACACUGAGUUAGUGCCAAUGUUACUUGUAGUAUCACCUCUGUUUGCCCGCCCUGGGCUCACUUUGUUCCUGCUCUUCUGCCGGGGACACCAGCUUCCCAUGUAGCAUCAGUGUCCCUGGAAUUGCAAAAAAAAAUUAUUAUUAUUAUUAUUAUAAGGAGGCCAGCCUGGGCUUCACUGGUCCCUAGACAGCACAUACACCACCACACUAUCCCAUCACCAGUAUAGGGCGAGUUAGGGCUCGUCACCAUAUUAUGUGAUCUGUAACCAUCAUAGUGUGGAUCAUUUCUCGUGAUCCAUCACAGUUAUGGUCGAGGUUGUACAGCCCGUGGCAGGAUAGGCUAGGACUGGACGACGUGCUCGCACCGCUUGCACAGAAGUCGUCAUGAUGAGGUUUAUGGCAUUGUCCCUCUGAAAAGGCUGAUGAACUAAUAGGAAUGGCAAGCAGUCUGUUGCUUGUCUAGCAUUUUAAUGUUGGAAUUCUUCUUCUGUAUAUAGUGUUCAUUUUCACUUUGCCAUCACAAGUACAAUUUAUACAUAGACAGUCCUUCAAGUGGUCUCUGCAGACGACCAGGGCCCUUGGCCACCUUGUAGUUCAUCACAGAGUAUUUGAAUGGAUGCUACUGUUCAAUGAAUCUUGUGUGAUCCUCUGUACUGUUCGAUUGCUGGUGGAGAGGUGUCAGUGUAUCAUAAUGAUUGUCCUCUUUUUCCUUUCUUUCUAAUUAACCCUAUUGUAUAAGUGAUUGAGCAGGAAGAUGAUAAUGCUAACUCAGUAAACUACACCCUUCCCAUCCCCCAUCCCUCCCCCCUGAUGGUUUUGUCCAACACCAUCCAACCAGUGACACUUGCAUGGAAGCCUAGUUAUACCAUCAGUGAUUAGGAGCUUUAGAAGGUCGUACUACAAUAAGGUUCAUAAUCGACAUCCACGACUGGAAAGAACUACUUGAACCUCAUUGAACUACUGUCCAGGGCUUGUAAUUACUCUUUUAAAGCAUUUGCUCAUGUCAUGUUUCUCAUUUAAUAUGAUGCAGUGGGAGACAAAAUAAGUGAACGGCCUGGUUGCUAUUUUUUUCUCCUAGCAUGGAUGAUAUCAUAGUUUUUUAACUAUAAUAUUGUGAUUGGUACUGCUAUGGUAGGUACAAAAAGGGUAUUAUCCUUCUUGUCUGAAAAUAUUGAAUACACAGAUCGCAUCACCAGUUUGAGCUUUAAAAUAUUUCAUGAGGUUCAUUUCUAUAUAUUGCAAAGUAGGAAGUAAAGCCUUAUUUUAAUCAAAUCAAAAGUUUAGCUUGAUUGAAAGCUUUACUCUUCCUCCAGUGAGACUGUCCAUUCUCUCAAUCAGAUUUGUUUCAUCACGAAAUCUCAUCUUUUUAGUCAUAUAACUCGGUGAAAACCUCUUCACACCCAUGUUUUAAGGGCAUCAAGCCCACCAAUACCUCGAUUGCCCCAGGCCCAUUUAAUAACAAUUUUUGAUUGUCCACGACAGUGGGUUUUAAUUAUUGUGUUUGUUACAUAACUGGUAGAAUACAACUCACGGACAGAACACUCGUGUUAAAAUCUUUGGUCUUGGCCGAUCAGAGGUGAAUUAAGUGGGGCCCGAGAGUGCUUGAGGCAUUGGUGUCGUGCAUCAGACUCUCACACGGAUCAUUUAGGGCCUAGGGCAAGUGAAGUGAAGCAGGAUGGGCUAAUAUAUAUAUUCAUAGGCCGAUAAUCUCCGUUAUUCACAGUCUUGUCUAUACAGGGCAUGAGAUUUUGAGAUUUAUAUAUUGUUUACUCUCAUUUCAGAAAAUAAGCAUAAAUUGUACAUAAUGACAAAAAUCUCAUGCUCUGGAUACACAGGUUGUGGGUAACUGUGGUGUUGGUCAUCUCAUCACCUAGUACAGUAUAUUCUGCUACUCAUCCAGGGCACGAAAUAAUUUUCCUUUCAAUAUUGUAGUAAAAUGGACAAGUUCAGUGUUGGCGAGUUUUAGACGGGACUUUCAAUUGGGUUUCAUAUUCCAUUUGACAGUGCAAAAUAGUGAGCCAUUAUUGAAGUCCCCACAUCAGAAGGACAUUCACUGAAUAAGUCAAUACUGUAUAUGAAGAUGCAGUGCUGGGCGUUUGUGGGUAUUGCUGCAAGAAAAUCUCUGUCAUCCUUGAUUUGUGGCUUGUUCACUCAAUAGAAUGAAACACAAUUUGUGCAGAAGUAAUAUAUAUAUAUAUAGACUGCAACAUGUAGUGAUAGAGAUAGAAACUUUUGCCGGGAGGGGACAUGACAAGACCAGGUGUGUGUGCGUGUUUGUGCGGUGGGUUGUCAAAGAAGGCAUGAUUACUGUAUGAAAAUGAAGCAGUUUUAAUCUAUUGGGUGUCUAAAUUUGUUGUGCUAAGGAUGUAUAAAAGUAUGAAAUUGUUGAUGAUCCCGAGUUCCCCUUUUGUAAAAAUAUGAGGAUACCAGGGUAAGUUUAGCAUAUAAUACCUCAUGUACAGAAAAAGGUGAACAGCAGUAAGAUGGAUUUUGAAUAUGGUAAAUUGGAGUAUUAAGAGCUCUUGUUUUUAAUUCAGGACAGACAGGCGUGACAACCCAGGCACUACAAUAAGGAGCUGUUACCAGUUGACAGAUGAGUUUUGCCACAAUAGAGGGCUUAAUGGUUUAUUAUUAUUGUUUACGUGAUAGGCGUAGCAAUUGACCCGAGAGUUGAGGUGGAGUGCUCAACUGUCUGUCAAUGGUGUGACACACGGCCGCGACACUUCUCCGAGGAACACACGGCCGCGACACUCCUCCAAGGAAAGAUGCCCCGACUCUUGGAGAAACGGCGGAAUUUGUCGGGUAAACUUAAUCGAUUCAGCAGUUGGAGGGUCUUGAAUGUAUCCUUUGUGGUAUGAAUUAACAUUGCUCAAGUUUCUCCUGUUCGUGUAUUUAUUGUUACGUUGUGGAACAGUUUUCGAAGGUUGGGAUAAGUGGUAACACUUUGAUUCUAAUAGAUUUUAUUGUAAUUGUAUCCUUUCAGUUUGUUGGUACUGAUAGAUAAUGUUAAGCUUAAAUAUACUAAGUAUCUCGACAUUUACAAGAAACAUUAACUAUCAGCCAAUUCUGUUUAUUUAACGAUGAAUUUCUCAUGAAUGGAGUAACGGAGGCCGGACGUUAAAUGAGCCUUGGAUCCUCGUGUGAUGGAAAUAUAGGGGGGUGGGUUUUAGGCACCAGAAAUGUUUGAUAUAUCCACACACACAGGCAUCACGUAGCUGUCAGCUAAAUCUAGGAAUCUGUCGUGGAAAAGCGUGAGCCCCUUCGCUGAGUAGUGUCGCGGCCCACUUUUGAUGAGGGAAUCCUAUCCUGAGUUCACAACACCUUAGCCAAUAAUAUUUGUAAUUACCCUAAUGUAAAAAUGUACUCUAAUGCUUAAAGUGUGCUUUUAAAUUAAUGUAGAUGCAACUGUUCUUGUUCUUAUGUUUUUCUUAAUGGAUGUACUUUUAAAUGACAACAUGUAGUACAUGUACUAAGUUUAUAGUAUAAUUGUUUUAAUAAAGAGCAGUUGUAUUACUGUCACAUG